AUGUCAAACCUCGGAGAUGGUGUGUUUGCGAGCAUACAACUUCGUUCUGCGACGCCAGCGUCCAACGAGAAAGUUCUCAGCUUCCUCGAAGGCAUGAGCCGGGAAGGAGAACAACCCACCAACAGUCCUCCUCGCUCGAUGGUGGAUCCCGACGAGUAUAGAAGGCAGCCCGAAUCCGUCCGCUCUCGCUCCGCACGACAGGUCUACUCCCCAUCGCCGAGGAGCAAAGUUAGCGAAAACACCCUUAAUGCCGGCUACAUGCAGCGGAAGGCCAACGGCCGCGCAGGGAUUGAGGACGAUGUGGACUCUAACGUCCAGGACGGGGUACGGUCGGAGAUCGGAGAAAUGAUGGGACAUGAGCCUGGUCCUAACGACCCUCCGGGAGUCAAGUAUGCCUCUUACGACUCGGGUCCCUCAUUUGGCAAUUUCGGCCCUCUGCCUGCUGAAGAUCUCCCUCCAGCUUCAAAUCCAUAUGCCGGCGGCGGUUGGAAGCCUGUUUGGGGAGAUAUUGUUAACGGCGAAGGCGAGGGAAAUCUGACGUCAGGCCAACCUCAAAAUGGGCCUGCUUCUGAGCAUGCUGCAACUCCCCUGCAAACUCUUGCAAACAUGACGCCUAAAGUUCCUGAACGCGAUAUAAUGGCCUCUCCCAAGCCGCCAUCCAGAGCACAAAGCAGAGCAGCUGAAGCAGAGCAGCGUCCCUGGUCCCCCAUGUCCGGUCGCAGCAAGAUGACGCGAGCCACAGAGAAGGGUACCGUGUAUCCCCCGCUUCCUCUCAGCGUGGUCGGCGAAGGCGAGGGUUAUGGCGAAGAAUCUAGUUCGCCCACUAGAUCACGUGCACGAUCUAACAAGGCGCCAUCCCUCUCUCCGUCAGAUUCGCCAUCACAGCGUGUCCAGAUGUUCUCCGCAAAGCCGCAGUAUAAUAAUGGCAGUCGUUCCCCACCACCUGGUCCUGCAUCUGUCAUGUCGGGUGGUGCAGGCCACCACAACCGCCCCUUUUCGCCCUAUCGGCACGCGCCGACCCAAGAGGACCUUCUUAACGCUGCGGUGCGGGGACGUUCGCUCGCUAUCCCAUCGCCAGAGAAAGAGCCUUCAGUUGUCUCCCAGACGCCAUCCAAGAUGAGCCGAGCACGAUCGCAUGCGGAAGGUCGAAAGACUGCGUCACAAAUAUCUGUGUCCAAGCAGCUUUCGCAAGGAGGAUCAAGGGCAUCUCGUGCUACCCGUUCUGAUAGGGAGCAGGAUCGCGACAGGACCCCGACUCCCACUCGACCCCAUUCCCCGGACGGUCUGGAUGCUGAAGAGGCGCGUAUCGUCAAUGAAGCGUUGGCUGCCAGGACGCCACGCACGUCGUUCUAUGCGGCCUCAUUGGAGCCUGAGGCCACCAGUCAUUUUCAUGACAUGGAGCUAUGCGUUCUCCUUCAGCAAGAAAAUGACCCAGCACAACACGACAUCGUCAAGAAGGCAUUGAGGAAAGCCGUCCGACAAAGAAUCAAAAAAUUGGGGAUGAACGUUCACCUUCGUCAUGAUUACGUACCGGAAGAACCUCCCAGGUGGGCCGCAGACCUCAAGCGCGAGCUCGUCCUUAUGCAGCAGCGGAUUGAGAGCUUGGGUCCCAAGAUCGAAGGCUUGAAGCAAGAUAGAUCGUUCAACAUGGAAGGGUCGCGCUUCGCCUACGAGCCUGAUGAAAGCACCCGCACACCAAUGACGCAAACUGUCAACAUCCAAACCCAACCGACCGGAACCCUGGCGGAUUCGAUGUACCAACAACCCGAAUCAGAGCAUUUGGUCGAUGAGGAUCACCAAGAGUACGAUGACAGAACUGAGACGCAGACGCAGCAGCAUCCAUACACGGAUGGCGAGACUCGCUCUGUCGUGCGAAGCGCGUACGACACGUCCGAUAAUGGACGCGACCAUUCCGGAGGCGAGCAAGUGCUGGAAGAGGAGCUAUACAGAUUGAGGCAGCGGCCCGCUGCCGGGAGCCAGUUGGGCUCGCACAAGUCAUGGGAAGUUGCCCAGGAAGAUCACGAUUUUGAAGACAACGGGCACGUCGCACCCUCUGGGCUGCCUACGAUCCCCGACACCAAUGGCGAGGACAUGUAUGAGCAUGAACGUGACCUACCCGAGCUACCGGAAGAGGCGGAUCGAGAGAUGGCAGUACACCCACAGGGCCCGUGGGCCGUCGAGUACAACACGAGCAAGGACCCAUCGCAGCAGCCCCUCCCGCCCUGGCAGCGCAUUCAUGCGCGUCUGCUCGGAUGGGCGAUCAUCUGGCCGUUAAGCGAACUGGAAAACGCACUGAAUAGCACGACCCGUGGACAGCAGGUCGACGAAGUCGCGCUCAGCAUCUGGUCGACACAGACGUACAAGCGAUACGUCAGGGCACGGUUGACGGACACGCCGCAGGGUGUAGUGGACAGGUUAUUCGUGCCCCCGAACAUUGCGGAUGCGAUUAGCAAUGCCGUGUUCAAUGGGAGGCAUGGGGAUGCGUGUGGGAUGUUGAAAGACUUGUGGGCGCCGUUUGGGCUUGAGGGCAUGCCGAGGCUUAUUGUGGUCCUUGCGAAGCAUAGGUCGGACCCUAACCAUUGGGUGGUUCAUCGAUUCUGCCUGCCUGAUGGGUCUCUGACCACAUACGACUCGUACCCCGAGCGUACCCUGCCUGAUGGACGUCCCCUCGGUUGGUGGUUCGCCAUCCGCGUCGCCUGGCCCAAUGCUAUGUACCCAAGCCCCGACCACCUCGUCCAAAAGAUGGUCCGCCUGCACCGACCCCUCCAGCUGCCCAUUGACAACUCAGUCGCUGCGGCGGGCAUCUGGCGCAACAUCCUCAUGGGCUCCCGCGCCGAACGCAGCCUGGAUCUGGAGCGCCUUCGUGAUCUGAUCAACACGGAGGUGAAGAACUUGAAGCAGAGGAAGCAGAUGGGCAAGCUCUCGAUUGGUGCCCCGAAGCCUGCUUGGGAUGAUAUGGCUUGA